AUCCUGAAGCAAUGAAAUUAAGAAGACAAAAAUAGUUAAAAAGACACAUAAUGCAUGUACAAGGUCCAAAUUUCGUAUGGAGUAAUGAUGGUUAUGAUAAAUUACAUCACUGGGAAUUUUAUAUACAUAGAUGUAUCGAUGCUUAUUCACGAUAUAUUAUUUGGAUUUAUGUUGUAGUUUUUUUAGGCAUUAUUCCUCAUGUGAUAAGAGCUGAUCUUGAUGUUGAAUAUAACUUGAUGGCUCUAGUGCAAAUGCUUGUUCAUGAAAAUCACAAUGAUGUUAGAGCAGGAUCUUUAUCUUGGCGAUAUGGUAAUUCAACAAGUAAUCAACGAAUUGAAGCUUGGUGGUCUUUUUUACGCAAAUAUAUAUCACAAUUUUGGAUUGAAUUAUUUACUGAAAUAGAAGCAGCAGGAGAAUGGAAUUAUUUUGACUAUAUUAAUAGGUUAGAUGCCUUAUUUUUUGUUUUUAUGCCGCUUCUUAUUCAAGAAUUAAGUGAAUUUAGAUUGAAAUGGAAUACACAUGAUGCAAAAAGUCAUUGUCCUUCAGGUGAAUAUUUUACUUUACAAAGAACAAGUGAAUUAGAUAGCAUUGUUAAAAAUAUUUUAUAUAAUAUUGGUGAUCCAAAGAUUGAUAUUACAAAUGCGCGUCAAGUUUAUUAUAUUUUACGAACUUAUUUACAUGAAUUAUCUGACUAG